AUGGCCGGUCACGCCACUGACGAAACAAAGGGCAAAGGAAAAGUCCGACAGCGGCGCGCCCACACGCGAAGCCGCACUGGCUGCUCAGAGUGCCGUAGUCGCAGGGUGCGGUGUGGCGAGGAGCGUCCCACAUGUAAGAGAACGUGCGAAUAUCCACCUGUCAAGAUACCGCUGAGGGAAAGACGGGCGCUGGAGAAGGCUGGGACGACUCAGCCUUGGGAGCAUGUUCCCUGGGAGGCUCCGAGUUCUUCCAAGGGACCAGAGGUGCCCAACACCCAGGCUCUGGUUCUCAUCAUCCAUACGCAACGAUCGAUUACUAACAGGCCUUCUGUCUACGGUGAAACCCUUGUCACAUCUGUCACAAAUCAUAACAAGGAUUGCAUGUCAUAUACCAUAUCAGACCCUGAAGCCCUCCGCAAUGCAAUUUUGAUGGCAGCUACUCAUUUCACUUUCAAGGUCGGCAGCCUCGAAGCAUUUGAGCAUACAUUCCUCUUUCAUAGAAUUGAGACUGUGCGAUUGGUGAAAAAAUGGCUUUCCAGUGGAGAUCUCACGCUCUCAGCUGCCAUCACCAAACAGAUCGCCACCUUGGCAUAUACAGAGUUCUGCAGUGGUAACAUGCAAAUGGCAGAAAAGCACUUAAACGUCAUCUACGCUCUGCCAUGCCAGACAACAAACCCGUCGAAUAGCAAUGGCAAGUCUCGUGACCAAGAGCUCUCUGAUCGCUAUUUUGUGUUAACCUCCACCUUCAUCCACGGCGUACAGACCGUUCUCCAUGGCAUUCUCCGCGCCGAAGACUCAACCGAGAAUAACAAAAGCCUCUCAGUCUCCCAUCCCAUGCGUCUCAUGCACAAAUGGUACAAGUCGGAGGGCCAGUACCUACACUGUCUCAAACUCAAAGCCAUCCGCCUCUUCUCAACAUUCUUCAUACUGCCUGACAUCGGCGCAAGGCUCUCUGAUGUCUACAGCGCGUCAAUAGUGAACAGUCUUCGUCAAGUCACCGACGAGUUCUACAAUCUCACAGAAGCUCAAAAGAUACACGAUGAUUUUUGGAGAACCGGUGCAGCUGCUCGAGUUUACGACGCAGUUCUUGAAUCGCACCAAACCUCAAUUACACCUACCGAUCAACAACAUGAAGAGACUUUAGAGACUGAGCAAAAGACUUCAUGGUGCGGAUUGGUCAUCGCAGCAGAGUUAUUUCUUGAGCAAGUAGUUGUGCUCUGGCGCCCUUUCACAAGGGAGAUAUACCUCUGUAGCAUGAGGAUAUUCCAACGCGAUCUGACUUUUGCUCUUCAGAAGACAAAUACGCUAGAGAUUGCAGAGCUGUUAUUCUGGGAGUCGUUUCUAGGAUUGAUGAGUAUUUACUUCCAUGAGAAACUAGGGGAUAUGGAGCGAGAACCUGGCUUAAGACUGUUUUUUGAGAGGAUUGUAAAGGAACAGAGUCAAGAUAUGCGUUUGGAGAAGUGGGAGGAUGCAAGGAGGGUGCUGUUGAACAUUGCAUGGCCGUUGGACUUUUCUGAGAAUGAUUAUGCGAAAGGAAUAUGGGAGGCUGUAGUGGCUGACUAG